AUAAAAAUAAUAAAAUGAAUGUACUCGAUUGUCUUUUUUCAUUUGGUUGAGGGCAUUUCUUGUACACCAAUUGCGUAUUUAAACCCAGUUCCCUUCUUCUUCCAUUUCUCAUUCUGAAUCUCACACCAAGGUUUCAGAAACCAAUUCUCUGAGAGAUUAUAAAUUGAAAGAAGCAAAGAUGGUGAAGAUCUGCUGCAUUGGUGCCGGAUACGUCGGAGGGCCUACAAUGGCUGUAAUUGCACUGAAGUGCCCAUCCAUUGAAGUGGCUGUUGUGGAUAUCUCCGUAUCUCGGAUCAAUGCCUGGAACAGUGAGCAGCUCCCAAUCUACGAGCCAGGUCUCGAUGGCGUCGUGAAGGAGUGCCGAGGCAGGAACCUCUUCUUCAGCACUGAUGUGGAGAAACAUGUCUCUGAGGCUGAUAUUGUUUUUGUCUCUGUCAACACUCCCACAAAAACUAGGGGUCUGGGAGCUGGUAAAGCUGCAGAUCUCACAUACUGGGAGAGCGCUGCUCGUAUGAUUGCCGAUGUAUCGAAAUCUGACAAGAUUGUAGUUGAGAAAUCGACCGUCCCAGUGAAAACUGCCGAGGCAAUUGAGAAAAUCCUUACUCACAACAGCAAAGGAAUAAAAUUCCAAAUUCUCUCAAACCCUGAAUUCCUUGCUGAGGGGACUGCAAUUAAGGAUCUGUUUAACCCGGACCGGGUCCUCAUUGGAGGGAGGGAAACCCCGGAGGGUCAGAAGGCCAUCAGUACACUGAAGGCUGUUUAUGCUCAUUGGGUACCCGAAGAUCGGAUUCUCACUACCAAUCUUUGGUCUGCUGAGCUCUCCAAGCUUGCUGCUAAUGCUUUCUUGGCUCAGAGAAUCUCAUCUGUUAAUGCUAUUUCUGCUCUCUGUGAAGCCACUGGUGCAAACGUUUCACAGGUAGCCUAUUCCGUUGGCACGGAUUCGAGAAUUGGACCGAAGUUUCUCAAUGCCAGUGUCGGUUUUGGUGGAUCUUGCUUCCAGAAGGAUAUCUUGAAUCUGGUGUACAUCUGUGAGUGCAAUGGCCUUCCAGAGGUAGCAGAGUACUGGAAACAGGUGAUCAAGAUCAACGAUUACCAGAAGAACCGUUUUGUUAACAGGGUUGUUGCCUCUAUGUUCAACACUGUUUCAAACAAGAAGAUCGCCGUUCUCGGUUUUGCUUUCAAGAAAGAUACCGGUGACACGAGGGAGACCCCUGCCAUUGAUGUGUGCAAGGGACUGUUGGGAGACAAGGCGCGGUUGAGCAUCUAUGAUCCCCAAGUGUCUGAGGAUCAGAUCCAGAGGGACCUUACACUCAGCAAGUUCGAAUGGGACCAUCCUACCCAUCUCCAGCCGAUGAGCCCGACAACCGUUAAGCAAGUGAGCGUUGUGUGGGAUGCAUAUGAAGCAACAAAGGAAGCUCAUGCAGUGUGUAUCUUGACUGAGUGGGACGAGUUCAAGACUCUUGACUACCAGAGGAUAUACGACAACAUGCAGAAGCCUGCAUUCAUCUUCGAUGGGAGAAAUGUGGUUGAUGCAGACAAGCUGCGUGAUAUCGGUUUCAUCGUGUUCUCGAUCGGAAAGCCUCUUGAUCCAUGGCUGAAGGACAUGCCGGCUGUGGCUUAGAUUUGCAGGUCUUCCUUCAAUGGCUUCUUCCCCUUUGCAAGGCAACAAAACAAAAGCAGUUGGAUUCUUUUACCAUAUUUUUAAUGUAUUUUUUGUUGGUUUUUCUUUCAUUUUCAUAUCAUCUCUCUUGUCAGGACUAUUGAAGGUUUGAGACCAUAUGUUUUGCCUUUACAAUUGUCCUCCAACCUAUCAUUUACCUUCCCAUAAAAAUUUUUGUUAGAAAUUCCAGUACAUUUUUCUUUGCUUUAUAAAUCCUCACACCUUUAUAGUUCUUUAUCCUAUAAACCAUCAUAGGGAAUGUGCCUUUUGUA